AAACAUCAAGGUGGUUUAACAAAAUGAGCUGUACAACCUGAAAACUCUAGAAAGAACGAACAAAGCAUUUCGGUUAAAACCCGGCAAUGGUUUCUUUGUCAACAUGGUGUCGAUACUUAGUUCACAAGAUCGAGUACUCCUUCACGCUCAGCUGGAAGAGCUAUAAGAGAGGUCAAAUCAGUGACCGGGAAUUACACGACGCAGUUUGGAAAAAUGUAUUUCAGGGAAAAUUGACUUUCUUACACUGGAGUAAAGGAGAGGCGAUGGCCCCAACUAUUGGCGAACAAGGGGGUACUCUUCUUGUACGGAAGAUUCCAUCCGCAGACCCAAAUCGGAUUUUUGUUGGGGAUGUCAUUGUUGUGAAGGACCCUGAAAAUUCUGAUAAUUAUCUCGUCAGAAGAUUGGCUGCCACUGAAGGAUAUGAAAUGGUGUCUAAGGAUGAAAAAGAUGGGCCAUUUGUUCUUGAAAAGGACCAGUGCUGGAUAUUGGCUGACAAUGAAAAAUUGAAGCCCAAGGAAGCUAAGGACAGUCGGUUAUUUGGUCCAGUUCCCAUGACUGACAUAGUUGGUCGAGUUAUAUAUUGUCUGCGAACAGCUGUUGAUCAUGGUCCUGUUCAGAAUAGUCAUUACAGCAUGCGAAAGGAUUCCCCAGUGUUGGAAGUAGAGCUGGAUGUCGAUGACAUGGUGAAGAAUCACAAAGCCUAAACCGUCUACACUUAACUGUGUAUCUAUCUAUUGUCUUUGUUAUACCUUUUUUCCCUGUGUGGGUAUCCUUUUAGUUUAACAUUGAAAUGGAGAGAAUAAAAAAUCAAAGAUGGUAUUUAGGUUCAUGUGUUAUUCAGAAGGAUUGCUGUUUGUUCGUAUUAGAUGCAAGGCAAUUGGGGAAAAUUUCAUGAUGCUAUUUUUCCUUCGAAA